AUGGCCUCCGCGGAUGUUAACGUCGGCAUAGUCUUCAUUGUCCAGCUCGUCCUGGGAACCCUGGGCAAUUUCUCUCUCUUAAGUCAGGACCUAUUCCUGUACUUCAGUGGCUGCACGACAAGGCCCACAGACUCCAUCCGCAGGCACCUGACCGUGGCCAACCUCUUGGUGAUCCUCUCCAGAGGGAUCGCAGAGACCAUGGCAGAGUUUGGGUUGGAGCACUUCCUCGGGGAUGCUGGAUGCAAGCUCGUGUUCUCUGUUCACGCCCUGGGCCGAGGUGUAGCCUUUGGCAGCACCUGCCUCCUGAGUGUCUUCCAGGCCAUCACCAUCAGCCCCAUGGACUGGAAGUGGGCACAGUUUAAAGGGAAAGCUCCCAAGUACAGGAGCACAUUCACUACUCUGUGCUGGGUCCUGAACUUGCUGUUCACCUUCAGUUUUGUGACUAUAACUAGCAAAUUAGAAACCGUAAACAUCACAAAUAAAAUAGACCUCACAUACUGUUCCGAUCCUCGUUCCAUUAGAGGAUCAUAUUCUGCAAGUGUAUCCUUGGUCUGCAUCAGUGAUAUCCUGUGCAUGGGGCUCAUGCUCCUAGCCAGUGGCUCCAUGGUUUGCAUCCUGUACAGGCACAAGCAGCAGGUCCGACACAUCCGUAGUCCUCAUGUCUCCUCUAGAUCAUCCCCUGAGACCAGAGCCACUCGCAGGGUAUUAGUCCUUAUGAACAUCUUUGCAUGUCUGUACAUCACCUCUGCCACCAUGCGAGUGUAUCUGACUUUUUCUGAAAAUCACAGCUUCUUCCUGCGCAGUCUAGGAACCUUCAUAAAUGGACUUUUCCCAACCAUCUGCCCCUUCCUGCUCUUGAGCCAUGGUCACAGCGUAUCCUCGAUCAGCUGUGUCUGCUCUGCAAGGAGCACAGAGCCACCUGAUCACAGCAGGAGAAACGCGUGCACUGCCUGCUUUUCAGUAUUGACCAAGGGAUGGACUCCAGCCCCAAGGAAUUCUCUGAAAAUGCAGAGGACAUAA